AAGCGCAGCUUUGCCCUAACUUUAAUUUACAGUUUGAUUUUCUACAAUGGGGAAGAAGAAAGGUGAAGAAAACCCUAAAUCCGAGGAGCCGAAAGAGGGCUUCAAUUUGCUCGGCAAGCCUAAGUUCAAGAAGCUCGAAAACGGCCGCUUCAAAUGCGUGGAGACCGGCCAUGAGCUGCCUGCCCACGCCAGAGAAGCUUACGCUGUGUCCAAGCACUGCCGGCUUGGCCUCAUUAAUGCCGCCCUCGCUCGCAGCAAACCUCCGCUCAAUAUGUUCCGACAGGACCCCCUUUCCAGUUCCAAAUUGGAGUGCAAAUUGACUGGGCUUACGAUUAAUAAAUCGGAGGAGCAUAUAUGGAAGCAUAUGAGUGGGAAACGAUUUCUCAACAUGCUAGAGAAAUUUGAGUCCGAGAAAGAAAUUCCGAGUGGGGUGGAGGGAAAUACGGAUAGUGAUAAAGAGGGAACAAAAACAAAGAAGAAGAACGAAGAUGGGAGUUUGAAGAAGGAGAAGAAUAAGAAGAAGAAGAAGAAAAAGAAGGAGAAGAAGAAGAAGAAUAAGAAUGAGGAGAAAAAUGUUGAUGAGAUUGUAAAUGAAGUGAGGGAUUCUGCAGGCAAGAGUAGUGAUACAGAAGAUGAGGAUGACUUUUGGAUGCCUCCAGAAGGAGAACGAUGGGACCAGGAUGAUGGGGGCGAUAGAUGGAGCGACGGUUCAGAAUCAGCACCAGAGGAUGAUGACGAUGAUGAUGAUGAUGAUGUUGAAGAAGAUGCUGGAGAGGAAGAGGCUGAGCACGAAGCUAGCGAACUAUCCAAUGGGACCAAGCGAAUGUCGCUUGAAACCGAUUCCGAUCCAACAUGCAGUGCCCCAAACACGAAGAAAAGGAAGAUGAAAGCUUGCUAGCAAUAGAGUGAGUAAGAUUUUAUUCAGUUUGAAAGUAGGCAGAAGGAGGAUCUUCCUCGUUUCCGUUUACUUUUUAAGGGUGGGAAAUCAGUUUUCUUUUUUAGAUACACAUGGGUGAUGUGGUUUGUUUACUUUAAAGGAAAAAAUCAAUCUUGAAAAGCUUAUAGCUAUGUUCAUUUUGAGUAGUUAAGUUAUGAAUGAUCAGUGCCUUUGAUAGAUAUAUUCAGGAUUUAAGCUAUUGGUGUUGUGACUAAAUUUAUCAUAA